CUUUGUUGUAAGCCCAGGACAGCAGAGUUUGCUGCUCCCCACCAGCCUUGCAGAGUUUGGACUGAUCACUAGGGAGGCAGCAGAAAGAGAAACUCGGUUCGAACUUUGCCUGGAGCCUUUGGUCUCCCCCUCUUCCCAAAUUAAGAAGGAGAGGGACGUUUACCUGCCCUCUGCUGCACUCCAAGGGCUCCCCUAUGAAAGCGAUUUGCUGGAUCCUGGCAGGUUUUUACCUGCUUUUCUGCUGCAAAGCAGAAGAGGGACUGAACUUCCCCACUUACGAUGGGAAAGACCGAGUAAUAGACCUGAACGAGAAGAACUACAAGCAGGCCCUGAAGAAAUAUGACAUGCUCUGCCUGCUCUUCCACGAGCCCGUGAGCUCUGACAAGGUCUCCCAGAAGCAGUUCCAGAUGACAGAGAUGGUUCUGGAGCUGGCAGCUCAGGUCCUGGAGCCCAGGAGCAUUGGCUUCGGGAUGGUGGACUCCAAGAAGGAUGCCAAACUUGCCAAAAAGCUAGGCUUGGUUGAAGAGGGAAGUCUCUAUGUCUUUAAGGAGGAGCGGUUGAUUGAAUUUGACGGGGAACUGGCCACGGAUGUAUUGGUGGAAUUCCUCUUGGAUGUAAGCAUAGAUAAGCUCAGAGCUAGACAAAGCCUCUCAGAGAAGACCUUGAAAAUACUUUGCUAAAAAACAUGAGUUUAUUUUGAUUUGAAAUUCCAUCCCUGUUCGCUACACACUGGUAGAGAUGACAUUUUCCAGCUUCCCAAAUACUUGUCUGACCAUGAGUUCCCAGGAAAGCUGGUACCUUUAUAUGGCACCAACUACUUA